GCGCGUGCACGGGGGUUGGAGCGCUAUUAAAGCCGCGAGUGGACGCGCAGUGCAAACAGACAGUUCUGUCCUGGAGUACCGGAGACCCGAACAAGGGAGAGACGAACAAGAGCAUAUGGAUUGAAGCAAGGACAUUUACUACUGUACUCUCCGGAAACCACUUCACGGUGCAAUAGCACAUCUCUCCCAGACCUCACCGAGAGAUGUGGCUGCUGGAAAAGAUCCGCGGUUCAGUGGAGGGAAACGUUCUCCGGCAGGGAGACUCGGCGGACAAACAGAGUAAAGCCCCCACCUACUGCAACGUCCUCACCCCUGACAAGAUUCCUGACUUCUUUAUUCCACCCAAAUUGGUGUGCUGCCCACCAGAGGAGGAUACGCCAGAGAUGAAGCCAAAAAACGGGCUCCACUCUUCAACAUCAGAGCAGACCAUAUGCUGCAAGACCCCGCAGGGCAGUCCGCGCAGCCCACGCCUCAUUAACAAGUUGGCUGGAGACACCAAGAACUUGCUCAAAGCUGCAAACCGCCACAUCAUCCAGAUUGAGAGCGCAGAUGACUUAGUGGUUGGGGAAGUGGGUGACCUCAACACGAACGCCGACCCACAGUCCCAAACGGCCAUGUCCCUGCCUUACGUACCCAAAGCACAAACCUCCUACGGUUUUGCCACGCUCAUGGAAAGCCCUCACACGAGACGUAAAGAGUCCCUCUUCCACAGCGACCCCACAAGUCCACUCACCUCACCCAACACCCAACGCAAGUCGCAGGGUAACCACUUAAACCCCAGCGACUGUAACACCUCCCACUCCAACCCCUACCGGUACUUCAGCGGAGGGGAAAGCGACACUUGCUCUUCGGCCGAGUCCUCCCCAUUCAACUCCCCUCUACUAUCCCGUUCCGCAUCUCUCCUCAAGAUGUUCACCCACGAAACCCAAGCCAAAGUAUCCCGGGCCAAGCGCUCCUUCGCCCGGCACAGUUCUCUCUCCACGGAUGAGUGCAGCUCCGUGGAGACCAGCCCGAAUAUUCAGAGGCGCUUCCGUUGCCCUCCUUCCCCUGCUUUCCGAGGACGGAAAUACGGAGGUAACAUGGACCGCUUCACGCAGCACACCGUCAACCUCCACAAGGGAGGAACUCUACGCCUCUGCACAGACUACGACAUUGACGCCGCCAGGCUUCACGUCCGCGUGCUGGCAGCCGAGGACCUCUACGAUAAGCAGUUUGACGUGAAGAGCAUCAAUUGUUGCGUGGCUCUGUACCUGAACCCGGGAAAGCUCCAGAAACAGCGGAGCACCAUUAUCAAGAACAGCCGCAACCCUGUCUUCAACGAGGACUUCUACUUUGACUCCCUUCCUGUUGCGCAGGUGAAAAACCUUGCCAUCAAGAUGAAGGUUGUCAACAAGGGCACCAGUCUGAAGAGAGACAACCUUCUGGGAGAGAGGGAGGUACCCUUGAAGGAUCUGCUUUCUGGGAUAUAGAAGUCCAGUUCGUCCACCACCUGUGCAUGAGACAAACACCUCAAUGCAGUCUUUCAACUAACAGAACCAGACAAGGAAAUAUUCCAGCUUUGAUUCCAAGUACUCAAAGUGAUUGGAGUUGCAGAACUCUCCUACUAACAGCUGCACCUUCUUAAUUUGUUUACCAGCAGUGAGAGUGUUUGUAUGUACUGUAUGUGUGAGAUCUUCUGUAUAUAUCUUCUCCACGAGUGUACAGGCAUGCUCCGAUUGUGUACAUGUGAGUUCCCAGGGUAUGUGUUUGUGUUGAGACCAACGUCUUCUUGAUUCCAGACCCUGCUGGGUUUCACUGUUGGAGACACCGAUAGAUAAAAACAGCUCCCCAUCCACAUGGCUAUCUCGACGGCAACAGCUCAUUUAACGCCAGUCACUUAAUGCCAGAACACAAAUGCAUGCUUCAUCAGCCGGUUUGAGCCUUAAAAUGAUGAGAAUGACAUAUAUAUUUUCCCCCCGUAUUGCUCUAAUAACAGUGUUUCGCCUUAUGCCUCUUUAAUUCCACUCUAGGGUUUGAGACUGUGACAUUUCUCACUGUAAAUCUACUGGACUUUUGCUGUUUUUCUUUUUGAACAUUGAGUCUGUGCAGUUAAAAACACCCUUCAGCCUUACUGAGUGAAAAGCUGCACACUUUGAGUGACACAGAACUUUAGAGAGGGGCGUGACUCGUGAUUGGACAGAACAUAUGACAUCAUCAUGAAUGUCAUGACAUGAUGAUUUCUGUAAAUAGAAGGCUGUUCUAAAUUUGCUUCUAGCUGCACCUGAAAUGCACUCCCUAUUCCCUAUCAAGUUGACAAAAUCAUGCACUGUCUGGAGAAAGAGUUCAAGAUACUAUUGGAAACAAAGAAAUACCAAAAAUUACCAUGGUAUUACCAUGUUAGUUGGACAUGCUACUGUGAUAGAGCCAUGACUCUUUUUUUUUUUGCAGUAACUGCAUGGGCUUUUGGGCAUGUACUGUAUUAAUACCAUAGUUUUCACAUUUACAAUGGUAAUUUAUAUGAAUAUAGUAAUCAUUCAGAACCGUAGUGUAAAGUAUCAUAGUAUUACGAUCUGAUACCAUCACUUAGCAUGGUAAUACCAUAGUUUUUGGAUAUGUGCCAUGGUAAAACCAUGCUUUUGGACCAUGGCAAUCUUUGAAGUACCAUAUUUACAUGGCAGUCCAUACCAUGUAGUCCAAGUUUUUGAAUAUAUAUAUUGAUUUUACUAUGGUAUUCUUUGAGGUGCCAUGUUAAUACCAUGGUAUGUGAAUAUGGUAUUCAUUCAGUGCCAUGAUACUGUGGAUAUCAAAGUGUUGCUUUACCAUGGUAAGGGAUAUACUAAGAGUAAAGUGUUAUAUAAAGGCUAUGCUAAAAUACGCAACGCUUGCAAAGAAGUUUCUUCAGAAACAUAACGCAUGUGUUUACGUUUCUAAAGGACAUUUACCGUGCCCACUAGUGCCAUUUUAGCUUCAAUCUCAGGUUAGGGAACAUAUUGCUUUUUCGUACAUGUGCACUUUAAUGGAGUAUGUUGUUGAUUUGCAACAGUUUAUGGUGCGUUGUGGGUAACGUUUAGUAAAGUUUAAAAUUGUCCGAUAAGAUUUGGGAUAUCCCCCAGGAAAAAUUGAGUUUUUUCAUACAUUGUUUAUGUUCAUAAAGUGUUCAGAUGAUUAUUCUUCUAUUUAAUAUGCGCACAGAGUUUUGGCAUGUUUAUAGUAGAUGUGUGUGUCGAUGUUUACCAAUGGGAGCAGUUGCAUGGCAAAGUGUUCAAGCCCUCACGUUUUCAUUUCUAUUGUUCUUGAGUCAGAUAGUGAACAUGUAAGGUAUAAGCUUUUCUUAACAUCUUCCCCUGUGUUGGAUCGACAUCACUAGCAUUAUUUUGUAUAGCCUACUGUACUCUAUUAUUUAUGACAGAAUGCAACAGUGACUGCCCAAUUUACCCAUAUUUUUCUCCAUUGGGAUUUCAAGGAAAUAAAAAGGUGUUAAAUAGUAAUACGUUGAAAUGAAAAGUCUUGAAAGGUUUAUAUCAUUCUUAUAUCAUUCUCUAUGGAGAAAAUGAAUAGGAUUUUCACCUCCAGAACCUUCUUUUGCACUCAAAUACUGUUGAUUUAAGUAGAGUUAGAUGAAUUUGGACUUUAAAAUUACUGUUGUAUAAGACACUGUAAUGCGUCAUACAUGGCAAGCUCUUUGUGUGACCUAAAGAGUGUCCGGUAAUAUUCCUGAGAGCUCUUCAAUCAGGUUACUGCACUCUUCGGUUCUUGAGUGGAUUCACACAGUUGCACCGCUAUUAGAAGUGAGACAGAUUGUCUCUCAGUUCUGGCUUCAGUUCAAGGAAACACAUCUGUGUGUUUUUGAUGAAUCAUUUGCAUAUCCUUAAGGGUGAAGUGUGUAAUUUAUAUGCCACAUGCAACCCCAAAUGGAAUUGCAACUAGGUUUUCACAUUUUCCAUUGAAAUGUGAGCGAUGUUUGCCUGGGCAAAAGUUGCUAUGGAGUUGUUGUUGGUUGCCAUGGCUGUUCUGAGUAGUUGCUAGGCCAUUUGCAACUUCGGUAAUCUGGCGUUUUUCUAAAUGAAACAGGAUUUCAGUGAGGAAAAUGUCAGGUGGGACUUGAUUCUAUCCAUGGGAGUUGAUUGAAUGGUGAAAAAUUUCUUAGGCGGUUGAAGAAUAAGAGGGGUUGGUGAUGUCAACCAAAACGGAAAGUCAUUUCAGUGGCUUUGAUUAAUGAUUCAACAUACUGUUUUCUUUUCUUUGGAAUAGCAUGGACCGAUGAAUCAUGUGCAAGAGGGAUGUGCCCAAACUAAAUACUAUGUUUGGAAAGGAAAUUACGCAUUCUACGGAACCCCUAAAGGGACAUGGUGCAGGGAGGAAAAAAUAUAUUUCAAUGCUUUUGCGUUCUCAGUUGGGUAAUUAUAGGCUAUUGUAAAAUAAGAUUGGCAUCAGGGAGCCGCUAUCAAUAUGCAGGGUUUUGAAAUCGCUUUUAAAUGCACGCUCGCUUUUUUCUUUCACUUUUGAAUUCGUGAUCACGUGUACUCUGUGUAUAGGGAGCAGCGGUACUGACCACACAUUUUAACCCAUGGUCUAUGGAAGCUUGAUUCUGCCACUAAAUAAGAAAUAAAAAAGGUAAUUCAGACUUUUUAUCUCACAAUUCUGACUUUUUUUCUCACAAUUGCGAGUUAUAAUGUCAGAAUUGCGAGAUAUAAACUCACAAUUGCAAGAAAAAAAGUCAGGCAAUUGCGACUUUAUAUCUCAGAAUUCUGACUUUAUAGCUCACAUUUGCCAGAGAAAAAAGUCAGAAUUGUUGAGAUGUAAACUCUCAAUUGCGAGAAAACAAGCGGAAACAAGCUUCCAUAGCGGUCACACUAUAUUAUGAACAUGCAAAAUUUCUUUAGACACUACAACGAUUGUGAUAUGACGUCAAGCUCUGCAGCGUCUUUUUUUAUAAACAAGAAUUCAACAUAUACACUCAAAAUGUAAAAAAAUAAAAUAAAAUACAAGCUACUCAACUUUACUGCAAAAAUAUCGUUCUUCUACUGGUCACGUCUUCACGCGAUGCGAAUUUGCAGCUCAGAGUUCACCAAACUUGAAUUUCGGAAUGCAGUGAAAUGCGAAACUUUUCGCAUGAACUUGCGUUUGCAGUCUGACGCAUACGCAUUCAUAUGAAUAGAAGUCAAUGGAAUGAAAAUGUAGUGCGACCACCCCUUUACAAGACAAGAUAUUUGUCAAUGACGCUCAGGAUUUGUUGCACACCAAAUCCUCCGUCAUCGUCCUGUCAGUCAUCUCUCCUUACUAUUGUAACAUGACAAGUGAAAUCUGAUGUACUGCAUUGUUGCCGACUACCACAGCAAGCCUAACCAUGACACUUUAGGGAGUCCGUAUUCAUUUUCCGUGCCUAAAUUUGAAUUUAGGCAUUGGGCACAUCCCUAAUGCACAAUAAAGGUGCAGUCACAUUGGCAAAAUUUUGCAGCCAAAAAAACUGUCUAUUGUCUAUUGCGAUGCAUGAAGCAACCAAUCAGCCAACUUAACCAACUUAAACCCGUUGCAAAAUCUGUAUGGGGAAAUAUUUUGUCCCUAUGCAAAAUUCCCAAUCUCAUGGAUUUCAUUUGAAAUGACUGGAUUUUGGCAACAAAAAUGGUAAAUGUGACCACAUUAAGAAAAGAGUUUUUAUUUCAUCUUGACUUUAUUUAAUAUUUUACAUUUUGACACCUUUCUCUCUCAAUCAAAAUGUGUUUAUAUUUUUGUGUUCACUUUAAGUUUCAUGAUAUAGCAUGCUGCAUAAGUUUAAAUGAUCAGUUUUAACGCUAAACAAUCUUUCCCUUUAAAUGUAAUGAUUUAAUUGAUGUAUUUGUCCUUUUCUAAAUCACAUUUCUGUUCUGUUUUUCCUUCAUUCUUUCAUUCAUUCAUACUUGGGCGUUUUCUGCUCUAUUGAAUCAUCAUCUUUCAUCCUUUAUUGAAGCCAAGCUGAAAACAUUUAUUAUAUAUUAAAGAAAAAAGCCUGAAUGCAUUGAGCACACGGCCUGUAAUUACACUCCGGAUAUGAAUCACUCCAUAUGUGCUUCAUGCGGAUUCUCCACUGUAUACUUCCAGAGUACAAUGAUUCAUUUAUUAAAUUAUUUCCAUUUCUAUUUUUAGCACUCUUUUAAAACGGCCAAAUCGCCGGUGUAUUAGAUUUCCCAUCAGAGCCACGUAAAAAACAGAAAGUCUCAUUCCUGUCGGUGACUGAGGUCUUUUUGAAUGGCAGAGAUUUCAAAUUAGAAGAAGAGAAUGGAUUCCAGAAGAGAUUCGACAUGGGGGGUGUUAAAUCACAUUCAUUUCCUUAACCAUAUUCCUGUACGUGAGAUUAAAGUGUCUCGCACUUGUGUUCGGAUAAGUCAUGGAAAAUGAAGUGCCUAUCCACUGUACUUGAUUCCCGUUCCUUCCCUACGCCCGUCACCAGCCGCAGCGUUCCUAUGCAUGUGUACAUAAACACACAUCACCUGUGAUGUGCCAUUUCACACCCGGAAAUCAACGUUCCUAAAUAGUGUAUCUCAAAGAUGUGGUGUUUCGGCUUGUUGUUAUUCUGAAGAUGGAUGUGGUUAUUAUUAGAUGCACUGUUGUCAUGCCAUUAAUUUUGUUUUUGCAUCUCCUAUCCAGUGGUUUAUUCUCUCUCUGUAUCUCUUCCUCUUUUCCAGACUGAUUUUCUAUCCAUAACUUUAUUGGACCAUGUUAUUGCUUUGUCUGUUUUCUUACCUUGCUCAAUAAAAGUUGUGUCGAUGGUGUACAAA